AUGGUCAACACGGGAAAACCAUCGAAAGGAUGCUACUUAUGUAGAGCGAGGCGGAUCAAGUGCGAUGAGGCUAAGCCUUCGUGCAUGAGAUGUCAAAAGUCAAAACGAGAAUGUCCUGGCUAUCGCGAUGAGUUCGAGCUCAAACUUAGAGAUCAAACGAAAGCCACCAAGCGAAAAUCUUCAGCUUCUUUCGAUGCUAAUACUCCAACUUUCACAGUAGACUCAUAUAGCUACCAAUUUGGCCAAAGUAGAAAUGACCGACCGACGAAAAGGAUAAUGAAUACCUCGGACAACAGAAUCAUUUACAGAACUAUUGAUUCCAUUAACGAUACAACCAGGAAUUCAUUCUAUAUAUCUUCACACGCUAAUUAUGAUUCAAUGGAGCCAAGCAUGCCAAUAUCACCAGUCUCAGACAUCGAGAGUGAGCUGCCCUGGUCACCCAAAACUGUAAUCCCUCGUCAAUUCUCGCCACCAAUCGAUCAACAAGCCGCCUGCUUUUUCUUAUCUAAUUUCGUUCUUCUUCCACGAGGACACACGGCCAAAGGAAAUCUGGAUUUCCUCAUACCACUCGUAUAUGCCAGCUCAAGAGAAACGUCACUUGUGCUUGCUUUGAAUGCUGUAGCACUUGUGGCUUUUGCGAAUCAGCCAAAUGCUAGAAAGCUUCUACCUCUAGCUGAUAAGCAAUAUGUGACGGCUUUAAAUCAAAUCAACAACGAUCUACAAGAUGUACACAAAGCAAAGGAAGAUGCAACCUUGGCAGCGGUGUUCCUGUUGUCCUUCUAUGAGCAAAUAAGCUCUCAUUCCAUGUCCCUAAGUGGAUGGGAGUCUCAUAUCAAUGGAGCUGUGGCACUAGUGAAAGCUCGAGGCAAAAGUCAGCUUGACACAAAGAUUGGACGCUCUUUAUUUGAUGCAGUCAGAACGCAUAUGACUGUCGAGUGUAUCAGCCGUUCGAAGGAAGUUAACGAAGGUAUCGAUUGGUGGACAUCUUUUGCAUCAGAGGAUAGAGUACAACAUGCUGUAUCAGUGCUCAAUCUCAAGGUUGCAGACUUACGGGCAGAAACCCACAGAAUCUGCACUCUUGUAGGACAUACCACAGAAAACAUCGAGAAGGUCCUCAACCACAUGAAAAAAGCAGAACGGAUCGAAAAGGAAUACGUCGACUGGUACGCCAAUCUUCCUGAAGAAUGGACACCCAAAGUUGCGGCUUGGCUUGAUGAUACAGUGGAAAAAGACUUAGAAUUCACAGCUUGUUAUCCAGGAAGAAUUGAUGUAUACGACGAGCUGUGGAUGGCUACUACACACAAUAUUGUACGCACCUCGAGAUUAUUCAUCCUAACCACUAUUUUACGAUGCACUGCAUGGAUCACUGCCGACCUCGAUUACAAACUCACGCCGGAAUGUGUCAAAGUUUCGCGACAAGCAAGUCUAUUAAUUGAGGAUAUCGUGUCUAGCAUUCCAUUUUUCUUCGGCUGGAAUGCCCCAGAUACCGAAUUUCCCAUAACCGAGAGCUCAUAUUUUCCCUGUGGAAACAAUAGCAAAAUAAGUGGGAAGGGUGUAACGGGCGUAUGGGCUAUAUGGCCAGUGUUUGCAGCGGCUGCAUCUGAUUUUGCGACUAGUUCUCAACGAUUAUGGCUAAGGGGACGGCUGAAAUAUAUUGCAGAACAUUUAGGAAUUCGUCAAGCAGAGAUGUUACUCAAGUUGCCAACUCGCUAUCCCUCAACUUUCAUAUAUAGAGAUAAGGUCAAGAUUGAGGACCUGAAAAGGACCAAAAUGGCUAGUAUCGUUGGAGGAAAUUAUUCAUCUAUGUGCGGGACUCCUGCGAUGGGUACAUAA